AUGGCCCCAUUCAAUCGAAUCCUUUCGUUGGCCGAUGUCCAGAAAAGGAUUCACCAAUUUGAGGAACAGCUUAAAAAACUCGGAACCGAAUCGCAAAGUCAGCCCAAAGCUACUAUCGUUCGGCGAGUCGUUGAUCUAGUAAAACAAUUGGACGACUAUCUGCAAAAAGUGGAAGCGAUCCCACUCAGAAGUCUCGAGCAACAAGAACAAAAACAACAAGCACUACAAGCACUUCAGAAUUUCAAGACAAGAGCUCAAUCGCUCUGUGGCGGAAUCGAGAUCAAAGCUCGUCCCACAAGCUCAUCCUCAACUACUCAAGUAGUUCAACAAGUUCCUCCAAAAGGAGAGCUGAAGCCACCGGAGAGGCCAAAAAGUGGAGUGCUGAGACGCGGCAGUGUUAUGUAUAAUGAAGAGGAAUCAAGUUCGACUGAUGACGAACGCAAAUCAGAGGAGAGAGAUCAAAAAUUAGCCGCUUUACAUGAAACGAGAGCGAUGAGCGAUGAAGAAUUUGAUGACUCUGAAGAGGAAGAUAAAGAAGAGAUUGAAAGAAGUGAACAAGACAAUGAAAUUACACAAAACUCAAAUGCAAGAAUCGGCUCUCCACGAUCUCCAAGAUCUCCAAGAAACGAUCACCAGAAAGAGUUAAAUGUUGUGGAGGGGAAUCGUUUCUUCGCACUCGCCGAUUGGCAAGCUGAAGAGUCCGACGAUCUCUCGAUAAAAAAAGGCGAUCUAUUGAAAGUGAUUGAGACGAGAGUUGACGGUUGGUGGAAAGCACAAAACACGAUGGGUGAAGAGGGAAUGGUCCCAAAGACAUUUCUCAAGCAUUUCGAUCCACUUGAAACUCCACCACAUGAACAUUUACAGCAAUCUGUACAAGAGAGAAGAAUUCAAGAACAAUCGAAUCAGCCUCAACAGUCACUGAUCAUUCCACAACCAUUCAUUCAUCAAACGACUACACAAAACAUCCAACAAAUACCACCAAUGCAAUUUAGCCUCACUCCAACCGUUUCUUGUCUUGGUGAUGCUCUCUCUAGCGAUCAUCAUCUCACCGCUGCUUGUCAUUUGGCUCCAAGGCUAAGCGAGUCGAAUUUAGCUUUUCAUGAUUUGUAUUGGAAUUUCAAAGAUGAUAAGCUCCGAAAACGCUAUGUUCGCGUUUCAAAACUCGUUCGACUCAUUCGCGUCGAAGGAAUGGAAAAUCGACAAAGCGCGCAAGCGAAUCUGCUAAGAAUUGCACUUUUCGACUUGUCAAGAAGAACGGGAAGGCAAAUUGUCAGCAAUGUGCACACAAUUUGCGCUAAUAACGAAGCCGGCAAUUGGACUUUUUCGACAAAAAUUGACAGCACAUUAGAUGUUUUCCAUUUCUCUGAUGUACUUAUUCGAUCGAACUAUCAACAAUCGAACAUCGUACUCGUCAUUGAAGCGUCGAUUAUUGAGGAUCAAUCAGGAUUUCCAAGAGAAAUCUCUCUGGGUGUCGCCAAGUUGCCUCUGCUCUCCGAUCAAGGUGUUGUUCGUCUCACGAAUAGAACCUACACUGAAAUGUUGAUUCGAGAAAAUCUCUUUGAUCGAACGAAUCCAGGUAUUAAAACGAACUUCCGUCUAGUGUUUAAAGUGAUGGAUGUGCCGACGGAUUUGGUGCAAUACGUUGAUUCCCUCCCUGACAUUCUUCUCUUUCAACCGCCAUUUGCUCGAUUGGCUUUCUUUUAUCGACGACGCCUUGCCGAAGCUUUAAUCAGGGAUAAAGAGAAUCCAGUUUCAUCAGAGCUUCUCUACGAUCCAUUUCUUGCCUCUUUUCCUCGAGCUUUUGAUCAACCGGAUCUCCUCGACUAUUGUAGAAAAACAUUUCAGCAUAAACUCAAACAAAUUGUAAAGAGAUCAGAAUCCGAGCAAGCAGCCGAAUUCUAUUCUUAUUUCAUGCUAACCGUUUUCACUCUCAUUGACACCUCAAUGAUGCCGCCAUUCUCCGCUUGGGAUUCAAGGAUUAUAAAUGCAAGAAGAUCUCUUAUGGAAAAGCAUGCGUCAUCCGUUUUAGAGCACAAAGGAAAUGUCCAAUUCUUACUCUCAAAUCCUUUUCGUCCGCUUGACAUCUUUGCGUACACUGUAGAUUUAACUGGACAACAUGCUAUUGAU